GGGGCCUCUAGGGUCAUUCUGGUGCCCUGGGGGAGGCCGGCACUUGUCAUCUUGUUUGGUGUGUGACUGGGGAGCUCACAGAGAUCAUGGCUGUUGCUUUUGUUCUCGCCCUGGCCCUGUAGUUGUAUCAACAUGCCCUCCGUCCUGCUGCUGGAAGCCAUCUGCAUUUGCCUGUUGGCGGGAGCGCCCCCUUCCCUCCCUCUUCAGGAAGUCCACGUGAGCAGGGAGACCCUGGGGAAGAUUUCAGCCGCUAGCAAAACUGUGUGGUGCUCCGCCGCGGUGGACGUCCUGUUUCUGAUAGAUGGCUCUCACAGCAUCGGGAAAGGGAGCUUUGAAAGGGCCAAGCACUUCGCCAUCACGGUCUGCGCCGCUCUGGACAUCAACCCCGAGAGGGUCAGGGUGGGAGCAGUCCAGUUCAGUUCCGCUCCUUGGCUGGAAUUCCCCUUGGACUCCUUGUCAACCCAACAGGAAGUGAAGACAAAACUCAAGAGGAUGGUUUUCAAGGGAGGGCGCACCGAGACAGGCCUCGCUCUGAAAUACUUUCUGCGCAGAGGGUUCCCCGGGGGCCGAAAUGCCUCUGUGCCCCAGGUGCUCAUCAUCAUCACGGACGGCAGGUCCCAAGGACAGGUGGCACUGCCGGCCAAGCAGCUGCAGGAGAGAGGGGUCACUGUGUUUGCCGUGGGCGUGCGCUUCCCCAGGUGGGAGGAGCUGCACACGCUGGCCAGCGAGCCCAGGGAGCAGCACGUGCUGAUGGCUGAGCAGGUGGAGGACGCCACCAACGGCCUGUUCAGCACCCUCAGCAGCUCCGACUUCUGUACCUUCGCCUCUCCAGACUGCAGGGUCCAGCCUCACCCCUGUGAGCGCAAGACGCUGGAGACGGUCAGGGAGCUGGUCGGCAGCGGCCUGUGCUGGAGAGGAUCGCGGGGGACCGAUGGUGUGCUGGCUGCCCCCUGCCCCUUCUUCAGCUGGAAGAGAGUGUUCUUAACCCACCCCGCCACCUGCUACAGGACCACCUGCCCAGGCCCCUGUGACUCGCAGCCUUGCCGGAAUGGAGGCACGUGUGUUCCAGAAGGACUGGACAGGUACCGCUGUCUGUGCCCGCCGGCCUUCAGAGAGGAGGCUAACUGUGCCCCGACGCUGAGCCUGGCGUGCAGAAUCGACGUCCUCUUCCUGCUGGCCAGCUCGGCGGGCACCACGCCAGAGGGCUUCCUGCGGGCCAAGGCCUUCGUGAAGCGGUUUGCCCAGGCGUCACUGGACGAGGACUCCCGGGCCCGCGUGGGCGUGGCCCGGUACAGCGGGGAGCUGGAGGUGGCAGUGCCCGUGGGCGAGUACCUGGACGUGCCCGACCUGGUCCGGAGCCUGGAUGCCAUCCCCUUCGGCGGAGGCGCCACCCUGACGGGCAGUGCCCUGCGGCAGGCGGCGGAGCGCGACGAGGUGGCCGGCCCAGCGCGCCACGCGAGGGCCCGCCAGCUGCUCCUGCUGGGCCUGGGCAGCGAGGCCGUGCGGGCGGAGCUGGAGGAGAUCACGGGCAGCCCAGAGCACGUCAUGGUCUACGCCGACCCGCAGGAGCUGUUCCACCAAAUCCCGGAGCUGCAGGGCAAGCUGUGCAGCCGGCCGCGGCCAGGCGCUCCUGAGCUGCUGCUAUUCCUGGUCUUCCUGCUGGACGCUUCGGCCUCCGUGGGGCCCGAGAAUUUCGCCCGGAUGCAGAGCUUCGUGAGGAGCUGCGCCCUCCAGUUCGACGUGGACCGCGACGUGACACAGAUCGGCCUGGUGGUGUACGGCAGCCAGGUCCAGACAGCCUUCGGGCUGGACACCCACGUCGCCCGCCCCGCCGUGCUGCGGGCCACCAGCCAGGCCCCCUACCUGGGCGGGGCGGGCUCGGCAGGGACCGCCUUGCUGCACAUCUACGACAGGGUGAUGACUGUCCAGAGCGGCGCCCGGCCUGGCGUCCCCAAGGCGGUGGUGGUGCUCACCGGGGGCCGAGGGGCGGAGGACGCGGCUGUCCCCGCCCAGAAGCUGAGGGACAACGGCGUCUCUGUCUUGGUGGUGGGCGUGGGGCCCGUCCUGAGCGAGGCGCUGCGGAGGCUCGCCGGCCCCCGGGACGCCCUGAUCCACGUGGCGGCCUACACGGACCUGAGGUUCCACCGGGACGCGCUCAUCGAGUGGCUCUGUGAAGAAGCCAAUCGGCCCGUCAACCUCUGCAAACCCAGCCCGUGCAUGCACGAGGGCACCUGCGUCCUGCGGAACGGGAGUUACCUCUGCGCUUGCCGAGACGGCUGGGAGGGUCCCCACUGUGAGAACCGGGCCUUGAGAGGAGAUGCCCUCGAGGCAGGAGGGCGGCCGCCCAGCCCGUCCCGGCAACUCCGGAGGCCUGGGCACCCCGGACGCUGAAAGGGCGCCUGCCCUCGGAGGAGCAUCCUCUUGACGGUCCUCUGAGCGCCUGCCUCCAGCUCUGUCCGGAGCCCGCCUGCUGCUUUCCCCACCCGGGGAGCAGCCAUGUCCCAGCUGCAGACAGCGCCGCUCGGGGCUCGGUACCAGCUGAUUUCACUCGCUAAUGAUGGUGGUGGAAACUCUUGACGUGUAAGUAAACAUUUCCUUUCUAGUUGUGCCCCGUUGAGCUUGUCGCCGUCCCCUUCCCCCUGAGGAGAAACAGGAACCCGGAGACUUUUGAUGGCCCGUGGGCAGCUCACGCGGCCAUCGGCAAAUGUUGGGACAGUGACGCUCAAGAGGAGGCAGUGGCUAGCGUGGCGUUCGGACCACCGAAGCGAUGGCAUUUCGAGAUGGAGAAAGUGCAGAACUUCUUCUUUCCCGAAAGACGUCCUAGAUGCGUUCGUGGUUUUCGUUUGAAAAGGGGCUUGAGCGGCAUUUGUGACCUCUGGUGACUCCCUGUGUGUCAGGGGGGAGACGGGGAAAAGGCCCAGAUUGGACAGUGACCGAUGAACCAGCUUGUUUGGCUCAGGGGCUGAGUGUGCAAACAGCCCUGGUUCUGGGGGGGCCACACUCUCCUUUAGAGUUUACUUGGGGGGUCAUUGUGGGGUGUUUACUGAGUGCUUGUCUUACUCUCCUUUUAGUGGGGGUGCAAAGAGCAAUGGAAUUCUUAAACUCAACAGAUAGAGAAUAAAGAAACUUAGAACGGU